AUGCGCUUGGCCCUGUCCUCUGAGAGAGCAUAUCUCCGUGCUCCACAACACGAAUCUCCGGUGGCGCUACGACCGGUGUUGUAUUUUCCAGCAUAUUUCUCAAAACAUGCUGCACCUCCGGCUGUUGAAAAUGAAGAGCAGCAAAGCCGGCGCGUCGAGCAACUAGCGAAUGGAAGAUUUGCCCAAAAAGUACCGAUUCAUGGCAGUCGGAAAGCUCUCUCGCCCGGCGAGAAUGGAAUCUUUAUGCGAAGCGCCUAUAAGCUCUUGCGUAAGCAGGCGCAGUAGACCAACGUGCCCGCCGGUAUCGGCUUGAAUGAUGGACAGCAUAUCUCUCAGCCAGCUCAAGCGCUCGUUAUCGAGCACUGCCUCAACUGCCCACUUCAUGAUGCGGUCGCAGAAAUCCUGCUGCUCAUCAUCUUCGAGUCGAAACUCGUCCCAGGAUAUUCUUCCAGCAAUAGCGGGAGUCGCCUCCGUGGAGGCCUCGGGGGCCAAGGACGCGAAGAACACCACACGCGCAGGGGUUCGAUCCAUGCCUUUGGUGAGAUCCUCCAGCGGGUUCGAGACGACAGUGUCUUGGGAUUCGCCAGGGGACGACCGAACUCAAAGCGAAACACCUCACGUGACAGCACGGGCCAAGAAAAAUCGUCUCAGGGUGACACACGAGAGCAUAAUCCCACUCCCCAAAGGAGCUACAAUCAACCCCCUGGUCCCGCCAUCUCGCCUGCAUCGGCAUUCGGCUCCACACAUGAGGGUAAGCACUGAGCAGUCGCAGCCCACGUUCCCCAAACCGACCAUCCAGCCACCCCCGUCCCCGGCCUCCCCGGACAUCAUCCUCGCCGUCCACGGCGGCGCCGGCACGCACGCCCCGCACACCCACAAACCCCUCCUAUCUCUCCUCCGCCGCAGCCUCGCCGCCAGCCUAGCGCAGUCCAGCGGCGACCUCACUGCCCCCGGCACGAUCAUCCAUCUCACGUGCGCGCUGGAGGACUCCCCGCUGACGAACGCCGGGCUGGGGUCCAACCUCACGCUUCUUGGGACGGUUGAAUGCGACGCGGGGAUGAUGGACGGGGUGCGUGGGGAUUUCGGGGCGGUGGGUGCGUUGAGCGGGGUGGGGAAUCCGAUUGGUGUGGCGCGGAGGGUGAUGGAGGAGGCGGGGCGGGGGGGUGUGGCGGGGUUGGUUGCGCCGGUGCUGGUUGUUGGGGAGGGGGCGGGGAGGUGGUGGGCGGAGAGGGGGGGUGGGGGUGUGGAUCAGGAUUUGGUGACGGAGGAGGCGAGGGGGAGGUGGAGGCGGCAUUUGGGGUGGUUGAGGGAGGCUGAGGAGGCGGCUCGCGGGGGUUCGAACUCCCCUUCGGACUCGGGCAAACGGAAACGAGGGCCCCCGUCCCCCCCGCCGAUAACCCCCAACGACACGAUCGGCGCGCUCCUCUCGACCCCGUCCGCGCUCUACGCGACCGCCUCCACGGGCGGCACCUCGCUCAAACCCCCCGGCCGCAUCUCCUCCGCCGCCCACUACGGCGCGUCCAUCCACGCCCGCCGCGUCACAGCACCAUCUCCCCCCGGGAUGGACCACCCCGCGAUGGACAUCGCAUGCACGGUCUCAGGCACCGGCGAGCAGCUCAUCACGUCCCUGUUCGCCAAAACCCUCGUCGACGCCGUCGGAGUCCACAACGGGGACUGCGAGCGCGCCCUCCGCGCGUGCGUCGAGGCCUUCCUCGCUGACGGCCACGGGGAGAGGAACGUCGGCGUGCUGUUGGUCAAGCGCGAGCUUGCUUCCUCUGCGGAUGCGGACGCGGAAUCACCCACACGCAGUCGAAGGGUCGUGGAGUGCUGGUGGGCGCACACGACGGACACGUUUGCGGUGGGGUACGUGUCUGGUGGGAUGCGCAGGCCGUUUGUGGCGAUCUCGAGGGUGCCGAGGGAUAGCGCCGGGAGGAGGAAGAGGUUUGUGGUUGAGGGGAGGUGUGUUAAGUGAUGCGUGGGCGUAUGCGGAGAGGGGCGGCGUGACGGAUCUAUAGAGCGUGUACCUUACUCAGUAGAGUAUGUAGGAGGUUUUGCAUGUAUAUACAUACAUACCUACUACGCCAUUGAAGGGGCAUAUGCCAGCCUCCAAGAGAUCGCCAUAUCGGUCAUCGGCACAUUCAAGUCAAUCUAUCACUCCGUCGUCCAGAAAGCAAAGCAGUCAACAAAAUCGCGCCAAGUGAAUCUGCGAGGCAGGUAC